UUAGCGACCGGCUGUGCGGAGAGGAAGAACCUGGCGAGGCCUCUCUGGAGGGUAAUUCUUUAAUCUGCCAAAAUGGUUUUAAAGAAGAAGAAAGAAGUUCAGGUUGAUGGCUUUGUUCUUGAUCAUCAACAGCUUAAAAGACUUCACUCUUUUGCAGAUGCUGAAGGACAAAACCUGGCCUCUCUAUUAUUACAGUGUGCACAGUUGACGGAUGGCAUUCAGCAAAUUAAUUUGAUCAAACAGAUUGUGCCUUUACUGGAGAAGAUGGACUCCAAGUCUUCAUGUAAUCACAUGGUUAAAAGUUGUUUAGAUAUUUUGGGAAUGAUGUUCUUAUCUCUGGAUAUAAAGAACCCUUUAAAGAAAGUGUUAGCAAGUUGCCUAAAUGACCUUCCUGAAAUGCUUAUGGCGGAAGCUACAGACAGUUUUGUUGUCUGCCUUAAAGAAGAAUUAACAACUACAAACUUCUCCCGCUAUAGAAAAACUAUGGAUAAUCUUGCUUCUUGUGUGGAGUUUAUCAAUAUAGGUAAAUCAAGUGUGACUCAACUAUUCAAAGAAGCUCUUCAAUUUCUGUUGAAAUCUAUACUUGAAAUAGAAGAAGAAAACCGGAAAUUCAGUGGAAAUCACAUUGCUCAAACUCGGCUGAUGCAUGAUUUGCUUAUGGGAAUUAAAGUUUCAAUGUCGUUGAUCCAAAAAAUUCUGGAAAAUAUGCAGGGAUGUUUUUGGAAGAAAUUGGAUUCUCCCAUUUGGCAAUGUAUGUGUGGACUUCUGAACAGCUUUAUAUGCUUCUUAAAUAAUGAAGACCUUCUACAAACUAUCCAGACUUCAGCAGGAUUGGCUGUUGUUCUCUUUAUUAAGACUAUGUUUGAACCUGUUGAGAAGCUACCUUGUUUGAUCAGUGACUUGAUUUGUGGCUUACUAAACUCUUCUGAUGUGCCAAAGUGGUUUGUGGACAGCUGUGGUGGUCUUUGUACUGCUGAACUUUCUGACUCAGUCCUCCUUUUUCUUUGUCAUGGAGCACUUGCUAUGUUAGAGUGGAAAGAUAACAGCAUGGGAGAGAAUGCAGAGAAACUACUCUUGGAUAUAGCCUCUGUUUUGUUGACCUUGAGCACACGGUUAAAAGAGUCUGUAAUGGCAGCAUCUCUAUCCAGAAUUCUAGCUAUUUGGACCAAUGUAGCAUUGGAUUUUCUUCAAUCAAGUUCUAGAAAUCUGAAGCUCAAUCUCAAUGGAAACUCAGAAACCAUUGGUAAAAUGUUGGAUUAUGUGUACGCAUAUUGGGAACAUCCACUAGAUGCAGUUAGGCACCAGACCAAGCUAAUAUUUAAAAAUCUUCUUCAAAUACAUCAGACUGCUGUGAAAGAAUCAAUAAUAAAACUAGACCCUUUCUUCUCAGAGUUAACUGAAAGCUUGCUAGGUUUAGAAUGGCAUGUUAAAGGCAAAUAUUCAUCACUUGGGUGUCUUGUGGACUGCAUUGGCAUUGAAAAUCUUUUGGAAAUUGACAGAACAAUUCCUGCACAAAUCUUGGGUGUAAUGAAUGACCAGUCUUUUGCACCUUAUGCAAGUGAUUUAUUGGAAAUCAUGUUUGUGAAUCACAAGAGGCAUCUUACAUCCAGUUUGGAAAAAAACACCUGGAUUGAUAGUUGGCAUGAGACAUGGGUCUCUCCUCUGCUUUUGAUUUUAUGUGAUGGAAAUCCAGAACAAGCCACCUACGUAACAGAUUAUUACUUACCAAAAUUGCUAAAAUGUAGCCCGGAAAGUUUGAACUAUAUGAUUAAAAUCCUUCAGAUUUCAGCAGAAUCUAAUGUUGGAACUUGCAAAACCAGAGGAGCUCUUGGAGCCCUAAUGGCAUGCUUGAGAACUGCCAGGGCUCAUGGGCACUUGCAGUUUGCAGUCAUAAUGCAAGAUGGCCUUGUGUCUGUGAGCUGUAUAAAACAAGGUUUGGUUCACCAACAUGAUGAGGUACGAAUAGAUGCUUUAGGUUUACUAUGUGAAAGUCAUCGCAGCACAGAAGUAAUUUCCAUAGAAGAAAUGCAACUGAUACAAUUUUUUAUUAGAUACAACUUGAACAACCAGUCAGCAGCAGUGAGGCAACAGAUUUGUUCCCUACUGAAAAAGCUAUUCUGCCGGAUAUAUGAAAGCUCCCAGACAGUUCAUAAAAUGCAGCAAUUGAAGUCUAAACAAGGUCUAAUUAAACAGUCAGUUACAUGGGAUCCAUUAACAACUUUGCAACAGUACAAG